UCAGUUUAUCUCAAAAUGAAGCUUCAAGUCACCGUCUGCUCCCUGCUAGUGAUUGCCUUUUGUGUUGUCGAUGCCUACAAUGACGAUGGUAGGCCUGGCUGCAAGACUCAAACGGAACUAGACAUUGCAUUUUUCCGGAACAGCUGGGAUCCUACGUCCUACUGGAUGUGUGAUGAACUUAACGUACCAGCCACCCAAAUGAAGUGCCCCGAAGAAACGGGCUUUGUAGAAAGCCUCAAGAACUGUGUCAGCUGGGACGAAUGGGAAUGGGAAAGUCCUGUUGCUCCACUCAGCGAAGUGGACGAGUGACCACUCCGCGAAUAUACACAUGUUGAAACAGAAAUCACAUGUCUUAAAAUUAUUUUCAUUGAAUUGAGAAUUAAACAAAUGCGCUAGGCGAUAGCAAAUGUA